AUGCUAAAGCAAUCAGUAAGAAUCUUUUCGAGAAAUUUAAAGUCUCAAAGCUUUUCUCGUGGCCUACAAGCGCCAAUUCCCGGUAAAUUUGGAUACAAAAGACCUAUUGCGGGAUUAGUAUUGGGAGCAGCAAUAGGAGGUUCAUUGGCACUAUCUGAUUGGUCCAUCUACAAUGACCAGUUUUCUUCUACUACUCCGUUGCAAGAAUUACAGCCACCUCAGUAUUGUCAAGACGAAGUGGAGUUUAGUGAAGCCGUCGAGAAGUUAAAAGCUGUCUUGAAUAACGACACUGCGUCAUUUUCGGUUUCCAAAGAAAGUUUGGAUUCACAUUCCGAUACUUAUUUCAACAGCCACCAUGCUACUCCUGAACAAAGACCAGGUAUAAUUCUUUAUCCGCACACUACCCAAGACGUUUCUGAGAUUCUGAAAAUAUGCCACGAGCACGCCAUUCCGGUGGUUCCGUUUUCAGGUGGGACCUCAUUGGAAGGCCACUUUGUGCCCACCAGGUCCAAGUGGACUGUAGUCUUGGAUUUGUCGAUGAACAUGAACAAAAUUUUGAAGCUCAACGAUCUGGAUUUGGAUGUAGAAGUGCAAGCUGGCGUUCCUUGGGAAGACCUUAACGACUACUUGGGCGAAAAGGGUCUUUUGUUUGGAUGCGACCCCGGCCCCGGCGCACAAAUCGGUGGUUGUAUUGCCAACUCGUGCUCGGGCACUAACGCUUACCGGUAUGGAACCAUGAAGGAAAAUGUGGUCAACAUUACCGCUGUACUAGCGGACGGCACUGUGAUCAAGACCAAAAGAAGACCACGCAAGUCUUCAGCUGGUUACAAUCUGAACGGCUUGUUGAUCGGAUCGGAAGGUACCCUAGCAGUAGUGACAGAGGCUACAAUUAAGUGCCAUGUCAAACCCAUCAAAGAGACUGUUGCCGUGGGAUCUUUCCCAACGGUAGGAGAUGCCGCUGCUUGUACUUCAAGGCUGAUACAAGAAGGUAUCCAGCUCAACGCAAUGGAAUUGCUGGACGACAAUAUGAUGAAAGUAAUCAACAGGGCCGGGGCUACGUACAAGACAGACUGGAUUGAGAAACCAACCCUAUUUUUCAAAAUAGGAGGACGUAACGACAAUAUUAUCUCUGAAGUGGUUGGCGAAGUGAACCGCGUUGCGAAGAUGCACGGUUGCCACAAGUUUGAAUUUGCGACCAACAGUGAUGAAAAGCUAGAGCUAUGGGAAGCUCGUAAAGCCGCACUGUGGUCUGUAAUUAAUGAGGGCAAAGCCAAGGAUGCCAGUAUGAAUGUCUGGACCACAGAUGUGGCCGUGCCAUUAUCUCGAUUUUCGGAGGUCAUAGAGGCAACCAAGGAAGAGAUGAAUACGAGUGGUCUUGGGAACGCUAUUGUUGGUCAUGCAGGAGAUGGGAACUUUCAUGCUCUCAUACUUUACAACAAUCAACAGCGGAGCAAAGCAACAGAAAUUGUGGACAAUAUGGUGAAGCGGGCAAUAGCUGCAGACGGUACAUGCACGGGAGAGCAUGGUGUGGGGAUUGGUAAGAGAACUUUUUUACUGGAAGAGUUAGGAGAUGGUCCUGUUGAUCUUAUGAGAUCUUUGAAGCUGGCAAUGGAUCCAAAAAGAAUUUUGAAUCCGGAUAAAGUUUUCAAGAUUGAUCCUAACGAUCAUGAGGAGUGA